CAUUCCGGGUCAAUCUAGCAUGGCUUCGCUUGGAAUAUCUGGCUGUGUUAGAAGCGGGAGGGCGGCUUGGUUCCUUCCGAGGUGUUCUCUACGGGCUGCGUGGGGAUGGAGGGGGGUUUGCGAAGGCUCGGAUGCAGAAGAGAUUAAAACUGAUGUUCUAAAGCCUUCUUUCAUGGAUGAAAAAGUUCAGAACUUGCUCCUCAAAAUGACAGGGAUAGAUUUGCAGAAGAUUUUCAAGGCAAGAAAACAAGAACUUAAGCCUCCUGAAUACAAGGUCAUGACAGAAUCCCAGCUGGAGAAGGCUUCAGCACAAGCUCUUGAGAAAGCUAAACAGUAUCUCAAAAUGCCUCCUGUAUUAAAUGAACGGGAACCAAUUGAUGAUGUAUUAGCUGAGGACAAGAUUCUUGAUGGAUCUGAACCCUACAAAUAUGUAUUUACUGAUUUAACGUAUGACAUUCCACACCGUGAACGGUUCAUUGUAGUUCGAGAAACAAAUGGAACAUUACGUAAGGCCACUUGGGAGGAACGGGACAGGAUGAUACAGGUCUACUUCCCAAAAGAAGGCCGUAAAAUUGUGCCUUCAUCUGUAUUCAGCAAUAAAAAUAGUGCAAUGAAUAUGUAUCUUCAGGACCAUCAUGAAGAACUCCUUGAUCGCUGCCUUCUGCAGUUUGAGCCAGAUUCAGCUGACUAUAUCAGAAUUCAUCAUCAGACAUAUGAGGAUAUUGAUAAAUAUGGAAAAUAUGAUUUGCUGCGUUCAACAAAAUAUUUUGGUGGGAUGGUCUGGUACCUUGUAAAUAGGAAGAAAACAGAAGGAUUGCUGAUGGACAUGAUCCAAAGAAAUUUGCUUGAUGAUGCAGUAAGUUUAAUUACCCUCUACCAUAUGCUCCAUCCUGACUGUGAAUCAGCAAGAGAGGCACAAGAGCAAGAUAUCCAAGGGAUAGAUUUAAUUAAGGCAUUUGCAAAGGCAGAAACAUCAAGAGCCAGCUACAUUGAACUUGCCCUACAGGCUUAUCAAGCACCUUUGCCUAGGUCUGCAGCUUCACAAAGUGAUUAGAUUAAUAAAUUCAUUUAAUAUCAAAUGUAUAGGAGAUGGGGAAGAAAUGUACAUAAAGCUCUAAAGGAACCUUUUUAUACCAUGUGUGAUAAAAACAAUUAUUCCACAA